AUGACCUGCUGCUGUGGACAAGAGUUCUCCUCAAAGUGCGUUCUGGAGGUUCACUUGAAGACGGACACGGGAGCCAAGCCUUACACCUGCUGUGUGUGUGGCAAGAGGUUCAAUAAAGAAUCAUUAAAAGAACACCAGCGAUCUCACACAGGAGAGAUGCCUUACUCUUGCUCUUUCUGUGGCAAGGGUUACUAUCACAAACCGGCUUGGAAAGCCCACGAGCGAACGCACACCGAGGAGAAGCCCCUGUGCUCCGUGUGCGGACGGACCUGCUCUAGUAAGUAUACGUUAAAAGUCCACGAGCGAACACACACAGGAGAUAUGCCUUUCCUCUGCUCUGAGUGUGGCAAGGGCUUCAUCAGUAAAGGACUCCUGAUGACCCACGAGCGAUUCAACUGUUCCGGGGAGAAGAACGACGGCGAGCGAAGAGGUUUCACAAGUGUCCGGACU